AUGUUUUUAGUGACACGUAGCCAAUUAGUGAUAACAUCUGAUCAGGUGGCCAAAGAAGGUGAUGCUGAAGUGGCGAUAGCAUGUGACUAUUCACAAGUUACUAAUACACCUCGUGUUAAUAUCAGGUGGUAUGAAGUAAAUGAAGCAAGAUUAUUUAUUUCUGAAAUUGUAAAUCAUGUUAAGACUGUCAAUGGACGUUACAGCUUAGGAAUAACUCCUGGAAAUGCUGAGCUGAUUAUUGCGAAGCCAGUAAGGAAUGAUACUAAUAAGAGAUUCUUAUACCUAGAUCAACCUGUUCUUACUGCCUCAAAAAGCAGAGUCUAUGAAGGUGAAUCAGCGAUCUUGACCUGUACUAAACGAGAUGGUGACCCGGUCCCUAGUAUCACAUGGUAUAAAGAUGGACAAGCACUCAGCUGCACCACAGACACCAGUAGAUGUACUACAAGCGAAGAUGCACUUAAAAUAUACAUUGAAGCUGCAACUGAUGGUGGCAGGUAUAUAUGUAAAGCUGAAAGUGAUCAGUACAGAGGAGAAGAUGGCAAAACCAGUAAUCAAUUUGACUUGAAAGUAAUACAUCUUACCAUUACAUUUGAAUCUGAAGCUGCCACUGCAACAUGCAUUGCAAAGGGUCAUCCCAAGCCGUCCUCUGUUAUGAUAUACAAUGAUGGGAAAAUGAUUGACAAAGAGGAACUUAUUGCUUCUGUGAAAAUUAACGAAGAGUUAUGUAAAACAAACAUUUCAUGCUAUGCAGAGAAUGGAGAGGUUAACGCAACAGAACCACUGAAGACAUGUAACACAGAGAAUGGAGAGGUUAACGCAAUAGAACCACUGAAGACAUGUAACACAGUUCCAUCUAGUUCCAUAACCCUGACCAUUGGAAUGUUUUUUGUGGGCGUGUUUGUUGGUUGCUUCGGGUUAGUUGCUGGCUUGAUCGGCUACAAUAAGAUUAAACAGAAGAAAUUUGAAGCCAUGCGAAGUACCGACACCGGAAAGCAAAAUACUUACACGCCAUACAUAGCAGAUACUGGCGAUGAGAGCCAUACUUAUCAAGAUCUGCAGUUGGACGCAAAUACAAAAACAGAUUACGUUAAUGCCAAGGUGGUGGGAAUGUUUAAAAAGUGAACCAUUUGUCAAAAAGAGCUGAUGGAAGAGUAUGACUUCAAUCUCUACAAACUGUAACGAUUUUUGCUAUGGCAACGUACCUCCAUGAUGUUUGGUUAUACAAAAUAUAUGAUUGAAAUAAGUCAGAUGUGGAGCUCAUUAAUUUUAAGAAAUAUUAAUACUAGCAAAAGCAAAACAAAAUAAAUUGUCAAGUGUACAUGUAUUACUAAAUAUGCUUGACAGUUGUAUUUUAAGUUUUCUUCUCGACGAUGGGUACAAUAUAAUUUUAGAGAUUUUUCGCGCCGCAACUUUAGGCUGCUACCAUAAAGAGUAAACAAUCAUUAAGAAACUGUAUGCAGGAAGCUUUUACUACGAAGGAAUGAGAAUUCCGAACUAAGCAAUGCGCAUGCGCAGUUACCAAAGAAAGUCUCCGAAAUAUCUACAAAAACACCAUGAGCAUGCGCUGGGAAUGUCUAGCAUCUGGUCGAAAUAUUCAAUCCCGACACGAUGGCGUGCAUUUCGAUAAUUGGAGUAUGUAUUAUACUAUCUUACAGUGAGUAAGUGAAGUUGUCGAGCCAUGUCGAGCAUGUGCAGUUACCAAAACGAAGUCUUAUGAAACCAAACGGCGUCUGCGAAGGAGUGUGAAAUAGAAAUGAGAAAAUUUUUUUAUGCAACAACUGAGCAUGCGCAACUCAAGCUAAAGCGAUCAUGCAGGCUAUGAAAAUUGAAAAUCAGAAUUCCGGUCGAAAAGUCUUGGCUAUCAAAGGCCUACAGAUGCGUAAUAAUAUAAUCGUCCGGAAAAAUUGUAAUUAAAUUAUCGCAAACAACAGUUUAAUUGGCUCUAUCGUCGUACGUACGUAUGCAUUGACAAUCCGAUAAAAAAAAACCCACAUAAAUUGAAGACACAACCUAGGCUAAGCCUAUUUUAGGUAGCCCUAGCUAGGGCCUACUAAAAAUAGCCACACAGAAACUGACAGCAGUAGGGCCUAAGCAUAGCUAGUGAAAAGGGUCGGGGAGGUUAGCAAGUCUAUAUUUGAAGAAUGAAAAUCGGCGAUGAUGGAAUUUAUUUAUAAUAACUCCUCCA